GGAGAUUCAGAGUGGAUGAAGUCCAUCUGGGCUUGAGGGGACCAUAACCAAGAGCCUUUGGUCUGUUCGGACAUCUCGUGUCUGCUAUCUGUAAGGAAAGGAGCUGAUGUCGUCAUGAAAAUCAUGAUGUGAUUUUCCCUCAGGAGAAACUAUGACUUGGAACGACACCACUAUGGAUGGGGAAGGGUUGCUUGUGGAAAGGGACUCUUCCUUUCGGAUCCUCACGGGCUGCUUCCUCUCGUUGCUGAUCCUCUCCACGCUGCUGGGAAACACGCUGGUCUGCGCAGCUGUCAUUAGGUUUCGCCACCUCAGGUCCAAAGUGACCAACUUCUUUGUCAUCUCCUUGGCCGUGUCAGACCUCUUGGUGGCGGUUUUGGUCAUGCCUUGGAAAGCUGUGUCAGAGAUCGCUGGUUUCUGGCCUUUUGGUUCAUUUUGCAACAUCUGGGUGGCCUUUGAUAUUAUGUGCUCAACAGCCUCCAUCUUAAAUCUCUGUGUCAUUAGUGUGGACAGAUACUGGGCCAUCUCCAGCCCAUUCAGGUAUGAGAGGAAAAUGACCCCCAAGGCAGCCUUCAUCAUGAUCAGUGUGGCGUGGACUUUGUCUGUGUUGAUUUCCUUCAUCCCUGUGCAGCUCAACUGGCACAAGGCUACAACCACGAGCUUUUUGGACCUGAAUGCCAGUUUAGAAGGUAUAAGCAUGGACAACUGUGAUUCUAGCCUAAACAGGAUGUAUGCCAUCUCCUCUUCUCUAAUUAGCUUCUAUAUACCUGUGGCCAUCAUGAUAGUAACCUACACAAGGAUAUACCGGAUUGCUCAGAAGCAAAUACGACGAAUUUCAGCUUUGGAGAGAGCAGCAGUGCAUGCCAAGAACUGCCAGAACACAAGUGGCAACAGGAGCAGCAUGGACUGUCAGCAACCUGAGAGCAACUUCAAAAUGUCCUUCAAGAGGGAAACAAAGGUUCUAAAGACUUUGUCGGUGAUCAUGGGGGUGUUUGUGUGCUGCUGGUUGCCAUUUUUCGUGCUGAACUGCAUGAUUCCCUUCUGUGAGCCCACCCAACCGUCCAAGGGAGCAGAAGCUUUCUGCAUUAACUCCACCACCUUCGACGUUUUUAUUUGGUUUGGAUGGGCUAAUUCUUCCCUAAACCCCAUCAUUUAUGCCUUCAACGCUGAUUUCCGCAAGGCAUUUUCCACCCUGCUAGGAUGCUACAGGCUCUGCCCGAUGUCCGGCAAUGCUAUAGAGACUGUUAGCAUUAACAACAACGGAGCAGUUGUUUUCUCAAGCCAACAUGAGCCCAAAGGCUCCAGCCCCAAAGAGUCGAAUCUGGUUUAUCUGAUCCCACAUGCAAUCAUCUGUCCGGAAGAAGAACCUCUAAAAAAGGAAGAAGAAGGUGAACUAUCUAAGACCUUGGACAAAAUGUCUCCAGCACUGUCGGGUAUUUUGGAUUAUGAAGCUGAUGUUUCUUUGGAAAAGAUCAAUCCCAUUACACAAAAUGGGCAGCAUAAAACCUGAACA